AUGUCAAAGCAGGAUCAGCAGCGCAAAGAUUCUUCUCAGUGUCAGUAUGAAGGAUUACAAAUUGCAACAAAAACAGCUGUAAAUAUGAGUUGUGUGCCCUAUAAGAGAACUGACAAGGAUUGCCAUGAAGCCUUUAGUUACUUUGGGAUGUUCAACGUUACGAAUUCAGAUACACAUGACUGCAUAAUGCUUCCUAGCCGGCCAAUUUGUACAUUUCUCACGGAGUCGAGGUUUGGCCCCACAGAGAGAGUUUCUGUGACGUGUUGGAGAGACGUGUGCGACAAGUCAUCGCCAGUCUUUCUCGGCUGUGCGGAUCCCAGGUUUGGAAUCGUACACAACGAGAACGAUUUUAAAACGCCAAUUUCACAGCGUGGGAGAAUUGGAGCAAGAGUUACCUGAGAUUGUAUCUCGAACUUCAAUUAACGGUUUUAACUUUUGUUUACUGAAGUGCAAGGAGAGGAAUAAAAGUGUCAAACAAGCUCUAAUAUUCCCGCCAAUUUUCAGACGUGCGACGACGAAAACAGAUCAUGCAAAGAGAAAGAUAAACAUUAAUAUUGUACUUGAGGAUUCAGUUUCUCGGUCACACUUUUACAGAUCCAUGCCUCGCUCGGUCCAGUCUCUUCGUGAUAUUGCAAAAGAUUCUAGUCAGUUCAAGGCCAGUGUACUGGAUUUUGAGCUCGUUCAAAGCUUUGCCUCCAACACUCUUGUGAACACUCAGUUUUUAAUGGCUGUCAAAUCACUAGAAUAUAAAUCAGGAAGAACAAACAAUAUAAACAUACUCGCGGAGAAGUUUAAGCGCUUUGGAUACCAAAUUUUAAUGCAGGAAGACUUGUGUUGGUAUGAUGGGUGGGGAAGUUUUCUGUCCCCUUCUUACAAGAAAAACAUCGAACCUUUCACAGAGGGAUUCAACAAGCUUUUGAAAACUACAAACAAGAAACCAAUCCUUAUUUAG